AUGCAUAGCAAUGAUAUUGAGACUGAUUCAAGUGUUCUAAUUCAUACACUUCAUCCAAUAGAGAGUGAAAUUGAACAAUGUUACAAUAUAACUCGUAGUAUAUUUAAAGCAUAUGGACAGCCUGAAGACUUUACCAAUAAAUAUAUAAUUGAACAAGAUAUGAGCGAUAUCCAAGAGAAUUAUUUAAAGUUAUCACGAAGUCAUUGGUGGGUAGCAACAAUUGGUCAAAAGAUUAUCGGUCAAGCUGGUGUACAACCAAAGUCCAUAGGUGACAGGACAUUUUACAAUAAACUAAUAAUGGAUGAAACUUUACGAUUUUACGAAGAUAUUCAUCCGGACGAAAUUUGUGAAAUAAGACGAAUGGCUGUGCUAUCCAAAUAUGAAAAUCAACAUAUUGGUCGAAAAUUACUACAGACACUUAUUGAUUUUGCACGCACACAAGACUAUAAAGCUGUUCAUUUAACUACAAGUCUUCAUAUGAAACCAGCCUGUAAUUUCUACGACCGAUGCAAUUUUACACGCGGUCAAAUUUAUCGUUAUACUGUAUACUCCAAUGAAGUAAUUAAUAAGGAUAAGAAGGAUAUUGCUGCUAAUAGAGAGAAGACAGAUCAAUUAACAGUAUUCCUUGAUGCACCAGUCAUAUUUAAUACUUUGAAUGACUUAACUGAUGAUGAUUGGGAAAAAAUUAAUCACCCGAAAUUGAUAACGCAAGUGAAAUCAAAAAAUGUUUAUACACAAGAUUUUUGGAUGAAAUUAUAA